AUGGGGAACCGCCAAACGCAGCCCCUAGAGCUCAUCUACUGCGAGCUCAGUGCCCCAGGACAGGAGCGCAUGCUGCUGGUGCAGAUGUACCUGCUGCCCACCUUCUUCCUGGUGGUCCUGGUGCUCGGGCUCCCCCUCAACCUGCUCUCCCUCUGGGUCUUCUCCCGGCGCCUCAAGCGCUGGACGCGCGGCACCCUCUUCCUCUUCAACCUGGCGCUGGCCGACGCCUCCUGGCUCCUGGCGCUGCCCUUCCUCGUCCAGUACCACCUGGACUCCGUGAACUGGACGCUGGGCCGGCCGCUGUGUACGGCCGUGCGCCUGCUCUACCACAGCUACUUCUACCUGAGCAUCUUCUUCGUGACCUGCGUGAGCGUGGAGCGCUACGUGGCCAUCGUGCACCCGCUGCGUGCCGUCGCCCUGCUGGGUCGGCGCCAGGCCUGCGUGCUCUGCGUGGCCAUCUGGGCGGCGACCCUGGCUUUCAGCAGCCCCGUGGCCCAGAUGACGGAGCUGCAGCGCUGCCCCGCCGCCAACCACACCAACCGCACCAUCUGCACCCUCUACGUGAUGCUCGAGGACCCCCGGGAGAGCCUGCCGUUUUCCCUGUGCUGGUCCUUCGCGGGCUUCCUGCUGCCGCUGGCCGCCAUCGCCUAUUGCUGCGUGCGCAGCGUGCUGGAGGUGCGACGGCGCCGCGGCCUCUGCAACGGCAGGGGGCGCCACCUGACCAGGCUUCUGAGCGCCGCACUCGUGCUCUUCGCCCUGCUCUACCUGCCCUACCACCUGACCCGCAACGCCGCCGUUGCCGUGCGGGCCUUGUACCCCCGGAACCCAGAGGCGUGGCAGCCCGCCAGCCUGGCCUUUGCCCUCGAGAUGUGCGUGUGCAGCCUGAACUCGUGCGUGAACCCGCUCUUCAGCUGCUUCGUGGGCCGGCGCUUCCGCCGCGAGUUCUGGGGCGCCUUCGCCAGGCUCUGCCGCUGUGCCUCCAAGCUGAGCUCUUCGGAGACGUUGCGCGAUGGGACUCGGGAGGCGGAAGACCGGGCGCCUGCCGCGGUCUGCGCGACGACCGCAGUCUGGGCCGAGAGCGGCGAGGGCGGCGGUGCGCCGGCACAAAUGCGUCCGGGGGAGGGAGCGUGCAGCAGGUUGCCUGACGGGGCCCUCGCUCAUAGCCGGCCCGGCGUGACUCAUCGUAACUGUUAA